AGCCGGGUGCUGGUCUGGCCGGCGACGCGCGUGCCCUGUGGCCAAACACUGCCUGGAGUGAGAGCAAACUACCAGCGCAGUGGGGCCAGUGUGCGUGUGCGUGUAUGCGCGCGUGUGUGUGUGCGAGAGGGAGGGCGAGCGAGCGCGGCGGAGGGGGGCCAACUGCUUCACACUUUCAACACUGCACGGAAGAGGGAGAGCGAGAGAGCGAGAGAGCGAGACUGGAGACGCACAGCUCCCCCCCAGGAUCUCCCAAGCCUACCGUCCCGCAGGUUAUAGAACAGAGCCCCCAAAACCGAAACAGGAAAACGGACAGCGGGUGAACAUGGACGAAGGAAUUCCUCAUUUGCAAGAGAGACAGUUACUGGAACAUAGAGAUUUUAUAGGACUGGACUAUUCCUCUUUGUAUAUGUGUAAACCCAAAAGGAGCAUGAAGCGAGACGACAGCAAGGAUACCUACAAAUUACCGCACAGAUUAAUAGAAAAGAAAAGAAGAGACCGAAUUAAUGAAUGCAUUGCUCAGCUGAAAGAUUUACUGCCUGAACAUCUGAAAUUGACAACGCUGGGGCAUCUGGAGAAAGCUGUAGUCUUGGAAUUAACUUUGAAACACUUAAAAGCUUUAACCGCCUUAACCGAGCAGCAGCAUCAGAAGAUAAUUGCUUUACAGAAUGUCCCGCUGCUCUACCCCGGCAUCCCCGCCCCGGCCGCCGCCGCCGCCGCCGCCGCCGCCGCCGCGGCCGCCUUCCCCUGCCUGUCCUCGGUGUUGUCGCCCCCUCCCGAGAAGGCGGGCGCCGCCGCCGCCGCCGCGACCAUCCUGCCGCACGAGGUGGCGCCCCCUGGGGCGCUGCACCCCCCGCACCCGCACGGCCGCACCCACCUGCCCUUCGCCGGCCCCCGCGAGCCGGGGCACCCGGAGAGCUCCGCUCAGGAAGAUCCCUCGCAGCCCGGAGAGGAAGCCCCCUGAAUCCUUGCGCCUCGGACGCGGGUGCGAGCGGAAUACGCCGUUAAAACUCCCCUAACGGUUUUAAGGGAGGAAGUGUAAUAGAUGCACGCC